AUGUGCCAGCUUUGGGCAGUGCCAGCCCUGCUGCUGCUCUGCUGCCCCUGGGCCAGUGCCAGUGCUCUGCGGGAUGGGAUCGUGGGGGGCCACGAGGCACGGCCCCACUCGCACCCCUACAUGGCAUACCUGAAGAUAGUAGAGCACGGGUACUGUGGGGGCUUCCUGGUGGCCCCUGACUGGGUGAUGUCAGCUGCACACUGCCUGGGGAACACCACAGUCAUCCUGGGGGCUCACAACGUCGUGGUACCAGAAAAAUCCCAGCAGGUCCGGGGAGUGCUCAAGUACCACAAGCACCCUGAAUACAACGACAUCACCUAUGAAAAUGACAUCAUGCUGCUGCAGCUGACAUCAAAGGCCACUCUCAAUGAAUACGUGCAGACCAUCCCUCUGCCCAGGACUGGCAGCGACCUCCCCACGGGCACCAAGUGCAUGGUUGCAGGUUGGGGUCUGAUCGACGAGGACAGGGCCGCCAACAGGCUCUUCGAGACCCAAGUGUCCAUCUACAGCCGCAGGAAAUGCAGCCUCUUCUACCCACACCUGGAUUCUGGCAUGGUCUGUGCAGGCAGCUUCCACCAGCUGAGGGAUUCCAGCCAGGGAGAUUCUGGUGGGCCCCUGGUGUGCAAUAAAGUGGCACAAGGAGUUGUUUCCUUCGGCAAUCACUUCCCACCCGGGGUGUACGCCCGCAUCUCCAACUACCUGCCCUGGAUCAGAAAAGUCAUGAAGAAGUAG